AGACACGUGGAGCAAACCAGAAAGGGUGACAGGGUUGGAUCAUGUGAGAGUUCAAGCUGCAUUUGCAUCUGGUGUGGUUUCUGCUGCUGUUGGAGAUGAUGGUUCUCUAUGGGUAUGGGGAAGAUCCAAGCGCGGCCAACUUGGUCUUGGGGAAGGUGUGAUAGAAGCUGCCAGACCUUCCAAAGUUGAGGCGCUAGCAGGGCAUGAAAUAAUAAAGGUAUCAUUUGGAUGGGGCCAUGCAUUGGCACAGAGCAAGGAUGGAAAAGUAUUUGGUUGGGGUUACUCGGAAGAUGGAAGGUUGGGAGAAAUGGGGAAAAUGUUAGAUAAACCACUUUCACAGCCUCUGAAUUCUCAUAAAGCUUUGGACAAUUCUGCAUCUUUGCUAGACAUUGUAGAGAAACAAGUUGCAGAAAAAUUGGAGAAAGAGAAGAAUAUGCCCAUCAUCUGGGAGCCUUGCAUAGUGCAGGAACUGAGUGCUCUUAGAGUUUUUGAUGUGGCUUGUGGUCUUGAUCAUUCCCUAGUGCUAUGCAGUGAGUAUUCGUUCCCUAGAUCAUUAUCUACUUCUUUUAGAUACCUUUAUCAGUUUUGCACUCAAAUCAGACUACAAACCAUUGCAGUCUAUCUUCUUUAUACAUAAUCUCUCCUUCUGCCUGCAUGCCUUGGUUUGUGUGCUCGUAAAGAAAAAUGUACUUAGGAAAUUGAGGUUCUGGUGGGUACCAUCAUGAAGAAAGAGAUGAUCAGAUGCCAUACGUGGAUCCAAUUACACGAGCAAGAGCCUAAUUGAUGACUUUGCUCACUUGCGUAGAAGCAUGAUAUUGGUGCGAAUCAGACUUAGCAGGAAUUGAAGGAAGAUAUUGCUUGGAAAAGGGCUGAGUCUAAAAGGUUAUUUUGUUUUUCCCUAAUUCAUCAUUUAGCAGCCAUCAUCAUUUUCUUUGUAGCAAAAUGCACCCAUCAUCAUUUUUAUAGUAGCAAAAUGCAGCCACCCUUAUUUCUAUAGUAGCAAGAUGCAGCCUUUGUAGCAAGAUGCGGCCAUCAUGAUUUUCUUAAUAGCAAGAUACAGCCACCAUCAUUUCUUUUGUAGCAAGAUGCAGCCACCAUCAUUUUCAUAGUAACAAGAUGCAGCUACCAUCAUUUUCAUAAU